UAAACUGCAUGCCUUAGUAAGUUCUAGGUUAGUCUAUUUGAUCACUGCACUCGCCACACCGAUAUCAUAUGCUAGGUAUCCUAAGUGCGGGGCACAGUUGCGGCGAACAUUGUACGGUGUUGGCGUCUCGACAGAACGUCAUAGGCUGGGGGCCUUUCUUUCUGGAAGUAACAGCUCUCUCUCUCUCUCUUCAUUGCCACGCAGAUUCCGUCCUCUUUAUUCCCGUAGAGAAAUCUGGAAGCUCUGAAUUUAUUUUCUUUCCAAAAGCACCAACGUCCUAAAACUAUAUCUCUCCCCCAGCCCAACUCCAACGAUAGAUAUACCAGUGAAAUAUACUCGGUACAGCAGAAAAGAAAUCAUGGCCGCCGUAAAGAACACAGCGAAAACCUUCAAGCUCAACUCGGGCGACUCCAUCCCCGGCAUCGGCCUGGGUACCUGGCAAUCCAAGCCCGGCCAGGUUGAGAAGGCUGUCGAGGCUGCCCCGAGAGCCGGCUAUCGCCACAUCGAUACUGCGUUCGCCUACGGCAACGAGAAGGAGGUCGGCGAAGGCAUCCGCGCGUCGGGCGUGCCACGCGAGGAGAUCUGGCUGACCACAAAGCUGGACAACCCAUGGCACAAGCGCGUGGCCGAAGGGAUCGACCAGUCGCUCAAGAACCUGGGCACCAGCUACGUCGAUUUGUACCUGAUGCACUGGCCGUGCUCGUUGGACCCGGACCACGAGGGCAAGGCCUAUGUGGACUGGGACUUUGUCGACACUUGGCGCGAGAUGCAGAAGCUGGUUGGCACCGGCAAGGUCAGAAACAUUGGCGUUAGCAACUUUGGCAUCAAGAAUCUCGAGAAGUUGUUGAAUGACCCCAGCUGCAAGAUUGUCCCCGCGGUGAACCAGAUCGAGCUUCACCCGGGCAACCCAUCCCCCAAGCUGGUCGCCUACAACAACACCCACGGCAUCCAUACCUCGGGCUACUCCCCGCUGGGCAGCAGCGACUCGCCGCUGUAUAGCAACGAGACGAUCAACGCGAUCGCAAAGGCCAAGGGUCGCACGCCGCAGCAGAUCCUGCUCGUGUGGGGGCUGCAGAAGGGCUGGAGCGUCCUGCCCAAGAGCGUGACGACGUCGCGCGUCGAGGCAAACUAUGAUCUCGAUGGCUGGAGCCUCAGCGACGACGAGGUGGCCAAGAUUGACGCCAUCCCGGACCGCUUCAAGGUCUGCCAGGAUGGCUGGCUGCCGGUCACCGUCUUCUAUGGCGACGACGAGUGAUCGAGCUGUCAGAAGAGCACCUAAAGGGUUUGGCACGUAUUGAUUCGGCUGGGGAUAUGUCCAUUGGAGCUGUUUGGGGAAUUCGAGAAUAUUAGAUAGUACGGAUUCGCUUUACACGCUAGACUAGGCGUGAUUUCCAGAACAGCUGC